GGGCGGAGCGUGCGGCGGGCGGGCGAGGAGGCGGGACACGUCGGCGCUGCCUCGGCCGCCGCCGCCCCUCCUCCGGUUCCAGCCGCCGCUGCCGCCGCCACCGCCGCUGCUGCCGCUUCCUGGGCCGAGUCCGCCCGCGGCCCCAGCGGCGCCAGGUGCCCUCGCCCGCCCGGCCUCGCCAGCGCCGUCCGCCCGCUCGCCCGCGUCCGGGCCCGCCGCCCCGCCGCCGACAUGGCGACGCGCUCCUGCCGGGAGAAGGCUCAGAAGCUGAACGAGCAGCACCAGCUCAUCCUGUCCAAACUGCUGAGGGAGGAGGACAACAAGUACUGCGCCGACUGCGAGGCCAAAGGUCCCCGAUGGGCUUCCUGGAAUAUUGGUGUGUUUAUUUGCAUCAGAUGUGCUGGAAUUCAUAGAAAUCUUGGGGUUCAUAUAUCCAGGGUCAAGUCAGUCAACCUAGACCAAUGGACACCAGAACAGAUACAGUGCAUGCAAGAUAUGGGAAAUACUAAAGCAAGACUACUUUAUGAAGCUAAUCUUCCAGAGAACUUUCGAAGACCACAGACAGAUCAAGCAGUAGAGUUUUUCAUCAGAGAUAAAUAUGAAAAGAAGAAAUACUAUGAUAAAAAUGCCAUAGCUAUCACAAAUAUUUCCUCUUCUGACGCCCCUCUUCAGCCUUUGGUAUCCUCUCCUUCUCUGCAAGCUGCUGUUGAUAAAAACAAAUUAGAGAAAGAAAAGGAAAAAAAAAAGGACGAGAAAAAGAGAGAAAAGGAGCCAGAAAAACCUGCCAAACCACUAACAACUGAAAAGCUGCAGAAGAAAGAAGAUCAACAACUUGAGCCUAAGAAAAGCACCAGCCCAAAAAAUGCUGCAGAGCCCACUGUUGAUCUUCUAGGACUUGAUGGCCCUGCUGAGGCACCAGUGACCAAUGGAAGCACAACCACAGUGCCACCCCUGAGUGAUGAUCUGGACAUUUUUGGACCAAUGAUUUCUAAUCCUUUACCUGCAACUGUCAUGCCCCCAGCUCAGGGGACCACCUCCAUCCCAGCAGCUACUGCCCUGUCUACCGUUGCAUCUGGGGAUCUGGAUCUGUUUACUGAGCAAACUACAAAGUCAGAAGAAGUAGCAAAGAAACAACUCUCCAAAGACUCCAUCUUAUCUCUGUACGGUACAGGAGCACAGCAAAGCACUCCUGGUGUGUUUAUGGGACCCACGAAUAUACCAUUUACCUCACAAGCACCGACUGCAUUUCAAGGUUUUCCUUCCAUGGGCGUCCCAGUGCCUGCCACUCCUGGCCUUAUAGGAAAUAUGAUGGGACAGAAUACAGGCAUGAUGGUGGGCAUGCCCAUGCACAAUGGGUUCAUGGGAAACGCACAGACUGGAGUGAUGCCACUUCCUCAGAAUGUUGUUGGCCCUCAGGGAGGAAUGGUGGGACAGAUGGGUGCACCACAGAGUAAGUUCGGCCUGCCACAAGCCCAGCAGCCUCAGUGGAACCUCUCACAGAUGAAUCAGCAGAUGGCUGCCAUGAACCUCAGUAGUGCAAGCGCUAGUGCAGGUUUCGGCCAGCCCCCCAGCACGACAGCAGGCUGGUCCGGAAGCUCGUCGGGGCAGACUCUGAGCACACAGCUGUGGAAGUAAGGAGCUGCGAUGGAGUUUCACCCAGAACUGACACCGACAUUCCUCGCUACAAAGGCAUCUAGUUCCCACUUAUUCAUGUACAUACGUAUUUUUUCUUCCCCCAUUUGUUCACAUUAAGAAUGACCUGAUUGACCGUGUUGGUCUGUGCUGAUUAAAUUUGAUGUGAAAGCAGGUUGAGAAACCAUCUUGUGUGGAGGCAGCUUUGCUCAUAUUCCCCACGAUGUCAUAAGCCACACUGAGAAGCUGCUCAGUUAACUUGCAUAAUCGGUUUUAUUCUCAAAAUUAUAGCUCUAACGUUUGCAUAUAAGGGAAGUAGUUAUCAUGUUAGUAAUACCUCUAACAGUAUAAACCCCACCCCCAAAUUAGCCAGUAAUCCUGUAGAAGGUACUGUAUGAUCAAAUGUUUAAUCAUAUAAAUAGAAUGUAAAUGUAUCACUGAGCACUGUUUUCUAGUGUAUCAAAUUCUUUUAUUCAUCGCUCACUCCACUGUGCUGUUGUUAUGAUGUGCUUAACAGGGAACGUGGUUAGUGAACGGAGAUAAACCUGGAUGGUACUGGAAAUCUCAAUGAAGGUUUCAGAAUUCAAAUUUCCAUUGCCUCUUGUAAUGUGGACCUCUUCUCAUGUACAUAGUGCUAAUAUGAAGACCUUUUUCUGCACUAUAUGCACACAGGGUAACUAAAACAAAGCCACCUUUAAUCCUUGAAGGUAUAUCCAGGUUUAUGACAGUAAUUGUGUUUACAUUUUAUGGUGCCUAGUAUUGACAAAAUGUUAUUUCCCUAUAUUAAACAGAUGAAUCCACA